AUGUCAUCAAUAAGCAACCCGGUCCUUGUGACCGGCGGUAGCGGUUAUGUUGCUCUCGAGCUUAUUUCACAGCUGCUGCUUCAGGGGUGCACUGUCCACACCACUGUACGAAGCCUGCAGAACACCGCCAAGAUUUCGUGCUUGCAGGAUUUGAAGGCGCAGCAUCCAGAGGGGAAGCUGCUUCUUUUCGAGGCCGAUCUCCUGCAGCCAGGCUCCUUCUAUCCGGCCAUGCAGGGCUGCGAAAUAGUCUUUCAUGUUGCAUCUCCGUUCAAGGUGCCUGAAAGGAUCAAGGAUGGCAACAAGGAGAUGGUCCUGCCAGCAUUGCAGGGUACAAAAAAUGUCCUCCAGGCCGUCGAGGAAACAGCAAGCGUUUUGAGGGUGGUAUUCACCUCGACGACUGGCGCCAUAGCGGGCGACUACAUAGAUGUUAUCAACAAGAUGCGAGUGAUGAGCCAUGAUUACUUUAACGAAACGAGUACUGUCAAGCACAAUCCAUACCACUACUCUAAAGUGCUUGCAGAAAAAGAGGCCUGGAGGGUCUUUGAGGAGCACCAGCAGUCGGAUCAGAGACGAUGGGACCUGGUCGUCAUUUGCCCCGCUUUCGUGCUCGGCCCAACUCUUUCAUCAUCUUCAGAAUCAGGCAGCCUCUUCCUCAUGGACGAGCUUCUUUCCGGUUCAAUGUUCUAUGGUGUACCAGACUUAUCGUUUCUGCCGGUUGACGUGCGGGACGUCGCUGUAGCACACAUCAAGGCUGAGCUCAAGGAGGCGUACGGCCGGUACAUCGUCGGCCCACCCAAAACAACAACAUUCUUGGAGAUCUCGAAGCAUUUCAAAAGGCUCAGAAACGGUACGCCAUGGCUGCCUAGUUUUCAGCUCCCGACUCCUUUGGUUAGAAUUGUUGGACCGUUGUUCGGGUUGUCGCAAAAGUGGAUCUCUGGUAACCUCGGAGUCAAAUUUGCCGUCGAUAAUACCAGAAGCAUCAGCGAGCUUGGAUUGAACUAUAGAAGCCUUGAGGAGACACUGAACGACCACUACGUAUCUUGGGAAAAGAAAAAGAGACAAGGCAAAUCAAAGACGACGUGA